CCACAAAUAUGCACGUGAGGCUCACGUGACUGUCCUCGCGAAAUACAACAUACUCGCGAGGAGUGAGAGUUUCGGUGCAAAGGUGAAUUCACUGCAGCGUUGUACACAGUAAGUUUGAGUGAACGAGGCGCUUGAUCUGCUGAAGCAGACGCACCCCUAAAGCGAAUUAUACAAUCCUGAAGGCGGAGCCCACCUGUAGGGUUGCUGCUCAGCUGGCAGCUGCAGAAUCAGAGAGUGUGUGAGUGACAAGAGGAGGAAUAGGAUCUCGGGGAGGGCCAGCCAUGGCUCUCCAAACCAGCCACAACUUUGAUGAGAAAUGGAAGCGAGCAGAUCCAAAGCGGCUGUUCUCAGACGAAGGGCUGACCGAGAUGUGGGCGGAGCUAAAAAACGACCGUGAGUUACAAACGGUUGGAAAGUCCGUCUCCGUGGCAACGACCCCGGCCUCGGGAGUGCCUCAACCCACUGCAGAUGCUGCCACAGAAGGAGUUGGGGAGGGAGCAAGAGAUGCCAAUACCAGAGCUGGGGGAGGAGGAGGAGGAGGAGGAGGGGAGGAAGGGAAGGACGUCGAUGAAAUAGUCGGCAGACAGAAACGGUCGCCAUUUUUCAACAUCUUGGCUGAAUGGACAUGGGGACAGGAGCCUUCCCUGGAGCACCUCCGUGAGGCAGUGAGGACUCUGGCCACGGAGCAGCAGGAGCUGUCCCUGCGAGCCGCCUGCAGCACAUCGUCUCUGAGCAGACUGAACAAGAGACUCGUGCUGUUUGAGAGGGUUCUUAUAGCUCUGUCGAGGAGAGAGCAGGAGGAAAAGGAGGGGGAGAGGGAGGGAGGGAAGGGCGAAAGGGAGGGAGGGGCUGGGGAAGAGGGAGAGGGGAGGGAGAAGAUGGACAGAGAGAGGGAACGGGAAACCGAAGAUGAACAGAGACAACCGGCUCAGCAAGAGGUGGUGGUACCAAAAGCAGCUGCCCCUCCACCUCCCUCCCUCUCUACUGACGUGGCCCUCGCUCCUGUCCCAGCUCCUCUCCCUCCCACGCUGGUGUCGGAUGGCUUUGCUCGGAUCGGAGCUCGAACAGCUCUCUCCUUUGCCUUUGCAUUCCUCCGUCAAGCAUGGCGCACCGAGGACGACAGCGGGCUCUGCGAACAGGUGUUCCACGAGGCCCGGGAGAUAUUACAGGAGCUACCAGUUGGUCUCAUCUUUGACUCUCGCCACGUCUCAGAUGUCUGGAUCGAGGUGGUCGACAGAACCAUGACCUUCCUCACCAGGAUCUGCCAGGGCCCGAAGGGGGAGGUGGAGGUGCCACAGUCUAGUCGACACGCGGCUCUCUCUCUGCUACUGGAGUUGAGUCUGCACAGAGCAAAGCUGCACAAACUGCUGGGGAUCGUGUUUCUUCUGCUCCAACUGGCCACUGGAGGAAUGGGUGAGGAGGAGGUGGUGGAGGUGUGGGAGGGUGUGAAGAGGGAGCCCGGUGAAGAGGUGAAGAAGAGACGAGUGGAGGAGAGGACCGAGAGUGGAGGGGCGGAGUUUCCACUGGUCCCGUUCCUGAGACGACUCAACCAGAUUCCCACGCUGCCUGGUCCCCAUUCCACUCUAUUGAAACCAGAGCCGUCCGAGACCAGUGAUCCAAUUAGGUCAUUCCUCGAAUAUUUCACACUCCCCAAUGACGAGUCUACCUCCCUCAACCCCGGGCUGGUCGCCACGGUUACCCUGUCCCACCUGGACCGCCUGGCCUCUCCAUACUACUCGUUGCAAAUGACUAAUGACCAGAGUACUGGUGAAGACGACCAACAUGUGAGCCAGGUGUACCACUGGGGAGGUGAUUGGGGGUCAGCGACCUCCCUCUCCAAUCCUCACCCACUCCCCCUCGUGGUCGAACUGCGGGCCAAGACCAUCGCCGCUUCGGACAAGGAGCUGUUUGUCCUAUCCGUGGAUGGGACGGUGUACAAGCUGACCCUCAGUGGCAAGGAAAAGUACACGCCCACACCGGUGGUAUUUCCUGCUGGAGUGAAGAUGGAGCAGCUGUCACUCCAUCCCAACGGUCGCCACUGUCUGGCUCUCUCUCGAGGCGGGGAGGUGUUCUCCUGGGGUGCCGGGGACAACGGGAGGCUCGGUCUCGGCGAUACCAGGUCCAAAGAAGGUCCCCUGAUGGUGGACGGGUUGAGAGGGAAGAACGUGGUGUUUGUGGUGGCAGGAGGGGAGCACAGUGCAGCCAUCACUGAAGAUGGAGCUCUCUACACGUGGGGGAAAGGGAGCUACGGUCGCCUGGGUCACGGUAACAUGGAGGACAGGAGUCUCCCUACACUAGUGAAGGCUCUCAGUGGCCAUAAGAUAGUAGCUGUUGGCUGUGGCAGCGGAGAUGCCCACACCAUCGCCCUCGAGGAAGAUGGGAGUGUGUGGUCGUGGGGAGAUGGUGACUGUGGGAAGCUGGGGAGAGGGGGGAGCGAGGUGACAAAGGUGCCAAAGUUGAUCCCCGGUCUGACUGGGGUUAAGAGUGUGGUGUGUGGGUCUCAGUUCACUCUGGCUCUCACCAAGGACGGCAAAGUCUUCUCCUGGGGGUCAGGAGAGAACCAUCAACUGGGCCACGGGAAGACUGACCCAGUCCGGAAACCGUGUCAGAUCGACGGUCUCUCGGGGCAACACGUGGUGGGCGUGGCAGCUGGAUCACACCACUGUCUGGCACUCACAGAGGGGGGAGAGGUGUUUGGUUGGGGGGCCAGCAUCGGUCGGGAGCAGGGAAGGGGAGAGGGGUGUAUCCCGGUUCCCACGGUGCUCAGCGAGGUGUCCAAGUCUGGAGUGGUCUAUCUCUCAUGUGGCAGUCAUGAGAGUUUUGUGUGCUGUCAACCGAAGGCGGUCUCAGUCGGCGCGCAGCUGCCGUUCUGUGUCGACGUGUGUCGGACGACGUUCGAGCAGCUGGACCGUCUUCUCCACCAGGUGUGCGAGGGGCUCAGCGACCAGCGCGGAGCUCUCUCCCAGCCGCACCACGAGAGAGAGUGCAUGGCCGUCGCUGCCCUCAACCUCCUCCGACUUCAGUUCUACGUGUCCAUAUCAGAGCACGUCCCUCCAGCCACCCUGGGUCUCCAGCCUGGGUCCCCUCUCCUCUCCUCCAUCAAGCAGUGCGUCGUGGAGCUCGCUCGCAGUUCUAGCGUCAUCGACUCGAUUCAGUCCGCGGCCCAAGCAGCUCUCAGGACUGGGUGGAGUCUACUUCUUCCCACUGUCUCAGAGAGAGCCAGCACUCUCAGCCAGCUACUGCCGGCUAGAGACGUGUCUCUGGAGGGGGAGGUGGGUCUCCCUGCAGGCCAGCAGUUCAUGAUCAACCUCCUGGUGGACAGUCUAAUGGCCGACAGAGGUCUCGAAGAUGCUCUCACGGCGGCCAUCGCUGCAGAGGUGAGGGACGGGCGGUCCGUGACGCUGUCCGAGGUCAGCGGAGGUCCUGAGAGUGCCGCGGUGCCUCUGCUGCAUCUCGUGAGACAGCUGCUGGGGAACGCCACUGGCAGACAGCUCUCUGCGCUGAAGAAGGUAUGCAUUACUACUAUUGGCUAGUUUAAGCAUUCAGGAUAGUUUGUUGCUCGCUACAAUUCGCUCUAUUUCUCAGUAAAAAUGUUGAGUAGGAAGGUUUGAUGUACACAAUGCAGCUGUCAGAGAUGGAGGAAGAGAAGGAAGAGGAGGCGGAGGAGAGGGAGGAGGUGAAGGCAGGGAACGAGGCUCCGACCAGCGAGUACUCGUCCUCCCUUGAACUCUUGACCUUGUUCCAGAGACUCCUGCUGUGUAUCAUCUACAGUCACAUUCCCAGUACCCCAGGCGACACCGGAAUGGAACCUGAGAGAGAACAUGAUGCCCAUGUGCAAGGGAGCACUCCUCGUACUCAGCAAGUACAUCACAAUGCUUCACGAACACGUGGGCCACAUUAUGCCCACGGUCGCUCCACGUGGCCCAGAUUUCCCCCCAGCACUACCACCGCUGUGGGGGCCGUCCUCCUGAGGGGGCCGAUGGGGGUCGUACUGCCCGAAAUUUCCCUGGGGUUGGUGGUUCUGCAGCUCAGGAUGCCUCUACUGCUGCAGGACGGCAGAUGUGUGAUCGAUGGUAGGAGACUUGGUGAGGCAGCUGGACGGGCUCAACCAGCUGCGACCUUCCUCAUCGGAGGAGGACGAGGGGGAGAUGGCCUGGCCUGGAGUCAGGAGACCGUCUAUGGGAGGUAAGCGUACAGUUAUCACAGCAGAGGAGGUGGAGCUGCAUAACGAGGCUGGAGGGUUCUGGACCAUCGUCAAUGGAAAAGUCUAUGAUCUUGAGUCAGCCGAGAGGUCGUGUAUAUCUGAGCGUCUGUCGGAGUACGCUGGUAAAGAUGCCACGAAGGAAUUCGACGACGCUGAUCACUCUGAUAUAGCAAUGGCCCUGGUUGAGAAAUGUCUCGUUGGAGAUUACACUGAACGUGGGCAAACUCAGUCAGAGGCAUCGGGCACUGACUACCGUCUCAGUUCCAUUCUGGUGGACACGGAACGGACCCUGGCCGUGCUGCAGGGUCUCCGAGCGUCUCUCAUGGUCCACAGCAUCCCUGUCUCCCCCGAGGAAGAAGAGAGCGAGAAAUGGCUCUCGACUGAUAUCUUCUCCGGGGGCUUCGAACUCCAACCUUUCACCUCUCAAGAACUCUACCAUCACGGCAGGACCGAUAAACACCCAGCAACAAAAAGAUUUGUUUCAAGAACUUUUUCACAGCCGUUGUCGUUGGACGCCAACCGCGCGUUUAUAGCUGGGUUCGUGAACUCUGACGUCCAGGAUGAAAAGGUGACCGUCUUCCUCUCGCUCGUCCACCGUUACUGUCGCCAUAGAAACCUGGUCAUCCCCUCACACUGACUCCUCCCCCGAUCACCCGGUGGAGAGGUUCGGACGGCUCUUCCUCGCUUGUUUCAUCAAACUUCACGACCUUGUCCCGGUGGCUCUGCGAGCCAUCGAACAGGAGACAAAUAGCCCCGAUAACGAACUAGACCCUUCGAUGAUCCACCUCCCUCCCUCUCUAGCCGACGUCUGUAAGGUGGUCUUCGACACAAAGAUUCUGCUGGUGAAGGCGAGACAAGAAUCCUCGUGUUCUUACGAAGAUGUGUGUCGAGAGCCGAUAGCUCGAUGUCUGUUUAUCCUUGACAACGUUCGCUCUCCGCUGGUGAACGUUACCAACGUUCUCCAUCGCAACCGAAUUCAGGGUACAGCGUCUCGCUGGCGACGGCUGACCCACGAGAUGAUCCAGCAGAACCGAGAGAGGGGGAAGAGAGGGCCGGACAAGAGCACGGCGGACCCUGCUCUGGUCCCCGUGGCAGCGGAGGAGGAGGAGGAGGGGGGAGAUCGGGGAGGGAGCUCUCCCGAAAGUGAUGGCUCUAGAGAGGUCUUCUUCUCUCCUGCCCGACACUGAGUCGUCCAGUACCUGGGACCAGGUGAAUAUGGACAUUGUGGGGGGCAGAAAGUUCAAGUGGCUGAGGGACCGGAUGGGAGGCGUCUCUCAGAGCACGCAGCUGCUGGGACAGAUCAAAAACUUUGUCUUGACGGAAGAGGUGGACGUCAGACUCCUUCACUCCACUGUCAAGAAACAGGUGAGGCUUAUGUAGUUGAAUACAGGUAUAGUAGAGUAUAUACGUACGUACUUCGAACUUUUUCUGUGAGUACUCUGUUUGAUUGGUGAGGCUUAUUAUGUAGUUUAAUACAGGUAAAGUAGAGUAUAUAUGUAUCUCCACUCUUUCUUGUGAGUUCUCUGUGUGAUUGGUGAGUGAA